GGAGUGUUUGGGAUAUACUAUCCUUUAUCAGAGUGGACUGGCAAUUCCAAGGGAGAAGGCUUCAGGAGAUGAAAGUGGCACAGAAUCCAGAUGAAGCAGAUGGAGUUGAGAAAGAGCACAGACCUUUCGACAUGUGCCAACAUAUGGGGAGUCAACACCUGAAGCUCCAAACCCUGUUAGAUUGACCUGCCUUGGCAUGUCAGAUCUCCUCGUUUUGGACCCACUCCCAUGUGUCGUCAAGGGCUCCGGAUUUGGACAGGUUUUGCACACCAUCCACCUGAAGGGUUGCAUUGCAUUGCAUGGCAGUGCGCAACCGCCGCGCAGCCUUUUCAGCCCAAACAACCGCUCAGCUCCCCGCAUUCUUUGCCUCAUCCAAGCAUGGGAAGUGGUGCCUCCAGUGAGCAUAAGAACAUGAUCGAGGGCAAGUCCCCCGAGGAGAUCGCCGCGGCCUUGAAGGAGUUGCCGCCCGAUCAGCUUGCGAAGGUUUGGGCCGCCGUGGACCGUAAAGAUCCAUGCCCUGGCCCUGUGGAUUGCAGCGGCAUCACGGUGGUGGCCAAGGACUACAAGGGUAUGUUGGAUCAGCCCAGCGCGCCCAAGUUUAAGGGUGCCUUGGCCCAGAUCUACGUCCGAAGCCAGCCCUAUGGAGGUUCCGACAAGAGCAACAAUGGCCACCGCUACGACUCGAUUCCCAUUGUGAACGGCAUGAUUUCAGCAGGCAUGAGCUGUCAGCUGAUCCACUACACCCACGAGGAGCACGACAAGUUCUUUGAGUUAUGCAAGAGCUUCGACUAUGUCAUUGUCCGAUGCAACCCAGGUCAGAUCAAGGCUGACGGGGGAGAUCAGCAGAAGUUUGAUGAUGGCAUGCGUGCCUUGAGGAAGAUGGGCAAGCAGGUGUGGCCGUCCCCGGACGUCAUGGAGAAGAUGGGCGCGAAGGAUGCCUUGUGCAAGGUGGCCACAAUGAACAUUGGUUUGGAGGACACGUUGACUUACUAUUCUCCUGAGGAGUUUGCUGCAGGCUUCAAGAAGACCAUGGCCUUCCAGCCUCGUGUGAUCAAGCAGAACCGGGGCUCCUCCGGCGAGGGCAUUUGGAUUGUCAAGCUCAAGGACGAGAACUACUGCAAGGAGUAUGGUGAGAGGCUUUGCGAGGACGGUGAGAAGUUGAUGCUCAUGGAGGCCAACGAUAACCAUGAGGAGGAACACACGGUCGGCGAAUUCAUCGAGUUCUGCGUGCACGGCCGCACAGACAAGUCUGGCGAGUGGACCUCCAAGGGUGUCGGCAAGUAUUUGGAGGGUGGAAAGGAGGCCGGCGGCCAGUUGGUGGACCAGCGUUUCUGCCCGCGCAUCGUCGAGGGCGAGCUCCGCUACAACCUCAUCGGCGACUCGCUGAUCGGAGUGAUCCACAAGAAGCCCAAGGAGGGUGGCAUCUCUGCCGUGGGCGGCACUGGAUCCAUCUACACCUUCUAUGGUCCUGACGAGCCCCUCUUCAAGUCUUUGACCGAGAACUUCUUGAAGAAGGACCUGCCGCAUGUGAUGCCUUCCUUGGACUUGGCGGAGGAGCCCUUGCCGCUCUGGUGGACCACGGACUUCAUCAACGCUUCGCCCGUCGGCACGAAGGCGGAGGACGAGAAGUGGAUCGUGGGCGAGUUCAACUGCUCUUGCGUGGGCAUCUCCAAAUGCUUGGCCGCCUACUGCAAGGAUGACACCCCAAAUGCCAGUUGGGAUGAUAUCUCCGAUGAAGACAAGGCUGAGGCCAAGAAGAUGGGCGACCUCAUGGGAGAGAAAGCUUUGGCCAUCCUCUCCAAGUAGGCGUUGUCUUCUGAGGGCGGAAGGUCUGAAGAAUCAGCGCCCACGGAUAUGGGUGGAGGUAUGGCCUGAGCUCGAUCCACCAACACCGUGGGCACUGCACCACGGAGCUGAUUCGGUUUCACAUCUUGCGACGCGGCUCACGUCGAAACGGCUCGGCCUGUGUCGUCCGUGGCAUGUGCCUAAAACACCAACAGAAGCCGAAUG